AUGCUCGGGUCAUGUGGUCAUCAGGCCAGGGGCGCGGCACGGCGUGAUGAGGCGCGCGUGCGACAACCUUGCCUGGCCGGUGGUGGCGUGCGCGCUGCUUAUGGCAUGCGCGCGCGCCGAUGCCGCAGGCGACAACAAACUACCCACGGGAAUUCGCAAGUGGCGAGGACAGAGCGCGGGGUAAGAGGCGGCCAGGCUAGCAAUCUGCAGCCGCGUGCAUUCCGAACGCAUUCCACGGUGCGAACCGAGUAUCGGACGGACGAUCUAGUAUGUUCGUCGAUGGAUAUAAGGAACAAGCCGGAGAGCUUCGCGCAGCUGAAAGGCUGCCGAGUCAUCGAAGGCACGCUGAGUAUGGUGUUAAUGGAACGCGCCACACCUAAGAUCUUCGAGAACAUGAGCUUUCCAGAACUGAGAGAGGUCACCGAUUAUAUAGUGAUGUAUAGGACGAAAGGUGUGCAAAAUCUGGGUGACCUUUUUCCCAACCUCACGGUAAUACGUGGAAUGCAACUCUUCAAGGAUUUCGCUCUCGUUAUAUUCGAUAAUGAGCAUCUGGAAUCUGUGGGGCUUCGGUCCUUGGUGAAGAUUGAGAGAGGCGGAGUGCGGAUACAACAGAACGACAGGCUUUGUUAUGCUAACACUAUCGACUGGUCCUUGAUCACAUCGGAACAUGCUGUCAACAUUAUUAGGUUAAACUACGACACGCGACUGUGUGGGCUGUGCCCAUAUGCACAGAGUCGAGUGGACGGGGACCAUCGACAGUCGCAUGCGCAGUGCCCGACCGAUGGAUCUGGUCGGCUGUUAUGUUGGGAUGAUAAACACUGCCAGAAGGUUUGUCCAAAGAAAUGCGGUGACAGUGGGUGUCUAAAUAAUGGCACAUGUUGCCAUGCGUCCUGCCUGGGCGGUUGCACCGGGCCCACCUCCUGGGAUUGCCACGCCUGCCGAAACUUCUCCAUCGGGGAUGGUCCUGAAAGAAAAUGCGUAGAGAAAUGCCCCUCUGAUCUUUAUGAGUUGUUCCACCGCUGCGUGACGGAGUCAGCGUGCCGCGCCACGAAGCCGCCCACCAACGCCGAGGCGGACCACCGCGGCGCCUCGCCACACAUUCGCAAGUACAAGAUAUUCAACAACAGCUGCGUGUUUACCUGCCGCAGCGGGUACAUGGAGGUGGGCGAUGCUAACAACUUGACAUGCCAACAAUGUCCGGCGUCGGGCUGCGUGAAGGAGUGCGCGGGAGGCAAGAUAGACUCCGUGGCGGCGGCGGAGCAGUUCCAGGGCUGCACGCACAUCAAGGGGAAACUAGAGAUCAAUAUCCGCGCCUCUGGUGGUAAUACUUUGGCAGUAUUAGAAAACUCAUUGGGCGACAUACGAGAAAUAACUGGUAUGUUACAAGUGGUGCGCGCGUUUCCACUAGUGUCGUUGAUGUUUCUCAAGAAACUGAGGAAAAUCACGGGAUCGUGGGAACCAGGUGCCAAAAAUCGUGGUCAAGUGAUACAUAUAUUCAACAACCCGAACCUUGAGUUGCUGUGGGACUGGCCGAGUCAUGGCCCCAUCGACAUCGUGGGAGGCAGUCUGUUCAUACAUCUCAACCCAAAGCUGUGCUACAUCAAUAUACUGCCGCUAAAAAACAUGACCAGGGACCCGCGCUCUAAUUUCACUGAAAUUGAGGUAUCGGAGGACAACAAUGGAAACCAGGCUUCCUGUUUGCCGGACAAGCUGCAUGUGAAAGCGAGCCAGUUAUAUGACAAGGCAGUGGUACUGUCGUGGAACAUGUACUGUCCUGAAGAUAUGCGCAAGUUGUUAGGAUACUCCAUCUACUACAUCGCGACGGAUCUUAACGUCACCCUCUAUGAACAGAGGGAUGUCUGCUCAGAUCGAUGGAACGUUCUCGAUAUAACGGCAGAUGAAGCGCGUAACUACACGAGGGAUGCUCCUGCUGGCAAUCAAAACCAAAACGAGAUUCUGUUGAACCCUUGUCAAAACAGACAACCCUUGUUCUGUCCAGUCUCACACCUCACUCCCUUCACUCGGUACGCGGCGUACGUCAAGACAUACACUACCACGCAGGAGAAGAAGGGCGCACAGAGUUCCAUUAUAUAUUUCGUGACUUUACCUGAAAGGCCGAGUCCCCCGGUGGCGCUGUCGGUAGAGAUGGUGUCUCCCCACUCAGUGUUCAUCAGUUGGUCGCCGCCCACGAUGCCCAACGGGACCAUCAUACUCUACCACGUCGAGGUACAAGCCAACAGCUACAACAAACCCAAGAUAUUGGCUGGAAACACGAAUUAUUGUUCCAAUCCGAGUCUCCUCACCAACAUGAUCACAGCGCAAUCCGAGGAACCUGCGGAAACACAGGAGAAAAAGACUACCGGUGACGUUACGAAUGGCUCGUGUGCUUGCAAGGAAGAGGACAAACCAGGCACCCGGUUCAAUUCCCGCAUAGAGGAAGACCGCAGGGAGACUAUCGCCUUUGAGAAUCAGCUGCAGAAUACUGUCUACGUAAAGAAUGAUAAUAGACCGAAAGCGAAGAGAGUGAAGCGAUCCGUCGACCACACCCUGAACAGUAUGCUUGUGAAACUGACAAAAAACUUUGAACCCCAGGUUGGACUGAACUACACGAACAGCACGGACGAGGAAGGCUAUGUGAAGUCGUUGUACUUCGAGCUGGGCGGCAAGGUGCAGACGUUGAAGGUGACCAACAUGCGCCACUUCACGUGGUACACCGUCAGCAUCUGGGCGUGUCGCUCGCGCCACGAGAACGAGUCCGUCGCCGACUACAACGACAAGUGGUGCUCCAACCGGUCCUACAACACCUUCCGCACUCCGGAACGAGUGAACGCGGAUAUAGUGGACAAUUUGCAAGCAGAAGUGAUUAUAUCGAACAAAACGUUGGGUGAAGUGAACGUCACUUGGAAACCGCCGAAAAAUCCGAACGGAUUUGUCGUAGCGUACUCCGUGUACUACGCCCGUGUCGACGAGAGCAUACCAUUGGCGCCGUCUGGUUUGCAGGGUUGUGUGACAGCGGACGAGUACGAGAAGAAUGGCCACAGCUACACCCUGCGCAGCCUGGCGCCAGGGAACUAUACCAUCGAGGUCACGCCCAUCACUGUCGCCGGCGCAGGAAACAUCUCCGCUGAGAGGACGGCGGAGAGCGCGUACGAGUGGGUGUGGGGCGUGGUGGGGGGCUGCGUGAUGAUGGGCGCGCUGCUGGGCGCCGGCCUGUGGUACGCGCGCCGCGCCCUGCUGCCCUCCGCCGAGGCCAACAAACUCUUCGCCAGCGUCAACCCGGAGUAUGUCUCCACCAUGUACGUGCCCGACGAGUGGGAGGUGCCGCGCGCCUCCGUCGAGUUCAUCCGGGAGCUGGGCCAGGGCUCCUUUGGAAUGGUAUACGAGGGCCUUGCCAAAGGUAUAGAAAAAGGAAAAACGGAGACACGUUGUGCUGUUAAAACUGUCAACGAGCACGCCACUGACAGGGAACGUCAAGAAUUCUUGAACGAGGCUUCGGUGAUGAAGGCAUUCGACACGUUCCACGUAGUGCGACUGCUGGGCGUGGUAUCUCGCGGGCAGCCCACGCUCGUCAUCAUGGAGCUCAUGGAGUUCGGGGACCUCAAGACGUACCUGCGCUCACACAGACCUGAUGCAGACGCCUCGCUCCCGCGCAAGGGCGGCAGUGAUCCUCCUACAUUGGAGAAUAUACUGCAGAUGGCUAUAGAAAUAGCCGACGGUAUGGCCUACCUAUCGGCCAAAAAAUUCGUGCACCGCGAUCUCGCGGCGCGCAACUGUAUGGUCGCCGGAGACCUCACCGUGAAGGUCGGGGACUUUGGUAUGACCAGAGACAUCUACGAGACUGAUUACUAUAGGAAAGGCACCAAAGGCCUAUUGCCGGUGCGCUGGAUGAGUCCAGAGAGCCUCAAAGAUGGAGUGUUCUCGAGUAGUAGCGACGUGUGGAGUUAUGGCGUCGUGUUGUGGGAGAUGGCGACGCUCGCCAUGCAGCCCUACCAGGGGCUGUCCAACGAGCAGGUGGUGCGGUACGUGGUGGAGGGCGGCGUGAUGGAGCGGCCGGAGCACUGCCCGGACCGCCUGUACGAGCUGAUGCGCGCGUGCUGGGCGCACCGCGCGCCGACGCGGCCGUCGUUCCUGCAGCUGGUGGCGGACCUGGCGCCGUCCGCGCACGCCCACUUCCGCCAGCGGAGCUUCUUCCACACGCCGCAGGGACAGGAGAUGUACUCGCUGCAGCGUACCACCAUGGAGGACGAGGCGGAGCUGGCCGAGGUGAACGUGGGCGCCGUGGCCACCGGCUCCGGCUCCAACCUGUUCGGCGUGUCGGGGCGGCUCGCGUCCUGGGUGCGCGAGCUGUCGUCGCUGCGUUCGCGCGCCUCCGAGGACGCGGCCGCCGAGCCGCUGCAGCCGCUGCGCGCGGACCCCAAGGGGAACGGCGGGCCUCUACCGCCCUGCUAGCCCCGCUGGCCGCGCUAGCACUGUGAGCCCCGCGAGCCCCGCCGGACUAUGCUACGUGGCGGGGCUCGCCCGCAUUUAUUACGUUAUCGUGCGCCCGACGGACGGACGCUCGAGUUUUGUUGUUUUUCAAGAGCUCGACGCGAGUGGGCGAUGCGUUUGUUUUCGUGUGACGAUUCGUUUUCAUAUCAGGAAAGUAAUAUUUUUGCUGAGACGAUAUUAAGUGAGUCGAUAUGUCUCGACGUGAAUCCUAUAUAGUUUACCUCGACGUUAUUAUAUAGUUAUAGAUCGAUGUCACUUUUGACAUAGCCUAUUAAUGUUAAGUUUACCGUUUAAGAUGUAAAGCGUGUAUAGUUUUAUGUAGGCGAGAUCGUGUACAAAUUAUUUUUAUUAUUAUUAAUUUCUUGACGUAUAGUUCGGUACCUUGCUACUGUUUCAAAGUGAACAAGUAACAGGUGUCAAAUUCGUUGAAGUUGUUAUGUUGUUGUGCCAAGUACUUUUAUUACAAACGUACUUGCGAAAUGAAUUUGUCACUUGUCCUAAUCAAUACAAGUUGCAUCUGCUUAUAAUACUCAACUGUUGGAUUUGCCGCUUUAGAUAUCAGCUAUUUUUCUACUUGUAUAAAGUAAAAUUUGAAAUAUUGAAUUAAAAUAAAAUUAACCACCAAAGAUUUGGAAAGUAAACGUCUAAAUUUACAAGUCUUUUAUGCUGUUACUUAUUGUAGCUGUGUUAUCAAUGUUUGCAAAGAUAAUUAUAUAAUUGUAUUAGAGUAAUUAUACAGGGUCGUUUCAAAUUAGUUGUAACUGGUUUUAGUAGGAACGUGAAGCAACACCCACAGUUUAGUCAUAAUGCGUAAGUUAACGAGAAAAGACGAAAAACGUGUUACUUAGUGUUGCCGGCCAUGCGUAUCGAUAUAUAUUGUAACAUGCAGACUGCACGAGGGCUCACGGCUCGUGCGCUCUGCACAGCGAGUACUUACUAGUGCCAGUUAAGUGACAACGUUGAAUUUAAAUGACUUUAUAUACCGCAACAUUUGUUUAACAACAUGUUAUUGUGUACGUGAAUAUAAAUGUAGGUCGUAAUCAUGUUACAGUUAUUCUCAGUUACAAGUUACGCCGAUAACAAUGUGUUCCCCAUCGACUUAAAUGCAAUAGACAAUACCUGCCACUAUUGUUAAAUAUUUAUAUUACUAGACUGCAUACUAUUAUUGUUUAAAUACGAGUAAAUGUUAUGUAACCAAAGUAUGAGUGCAACUGACAGUGUGCCUAUAUUUACAGUGGUUCAUCGCUUGUACACAAUGGGAGCUGGAGUUUGAUACUAUUUCAAAACUUAAACAUUCUGAUCUAAGAUCGAGACGAUUAUAAGUUAUCUGAUUUGAUAGUUGACUUACUAGUAAGUAACUAUAGGGUACGUCCCUAUUAGUACAAAACCAGAUUUUAGGACUACAGUUAAAACAAUACAAUUAUGUAUUCAAAACUCAUAUCGUCGAUCAACUUCUGAACUA